UGGCUACGUGUUUCAACAGCCAACAUAAACCAAAACAAAAAAUGAGUCCGCUCUUCUCCGUCCCUUGUGUUAAAGCUUUCUUCCUCUAAGCCUCUUCUUUCCUUGGUUUGAGAAACAAUGUCCAGUACAAGUACAUCUGCACUAUCUUUUUCAAACCCACAAUCUACUGUUCUAUUGUCCCAGAGGAGGAAAGCAAGGAAUAUAAUAAUACCAUCACCGAUCCCUUUUAGCCAAAUCAAUGUCCAUGGUUUUACAAUUCGAAAGCGUUCAGGCUUUAAAUCAAGUGGGUUCUUCGUAAAUUCAUUUUCAUUUGAUAAUCAAGUUGGAGUAGAGAAGAAUGCGUCAGAUGAUAGAGCAAAAGCGCCUCAUGUUCAAAACAGUACGUGGAACUGGAAGGGUUAUUCUAUUCGCUAUCAGUAUUCUGGGAACAGUGGCCCAGCUCUUGUUUUAGUUCAUGGUUUUGGAGCAAACAGUGAUCAUUGGAGAAAAAAUAUUCCCGUUCUUGCAAAAUCACAUAGGGUAUAUGCAAUUGAUCUUAUUGGUUAUGGAUACUCAGAUAAACCUAAUCCUCGUGAUUUUGAAGAUAACUCCUUCUAUACAUUUGAGACGUGGGGCACCAUACUAAAUGACUUUUGUGUCAACGUAAUUAAAGACAAAGCAUUCUUUGUAUGCAAUUCAAUUGGAGGACUUGUUGGUCUUCAGGCUGCAGUUAUGGAGCCACACAUAUGCAGAGGCAUUAUCCUAUUAAAUAUAUCUUUGCGUAUGCUUCACAUUAAAAAGCAACCAUUGUUUGCAAGACCGUUUAUCAGAUCAUUCCAGAGUUUGCUGAGGAACACCCCUCUGGGAAAAAUUUUCUUCAAAUCAAUUGCAACAUCAGAAUCUGUGAGGAGCAUCCUAUGCCAGUGUUACUAUGACACCUCCCAGGUGACAGAGGAACUUGUUCAGAAGAUUCUUCUUCCAGGACUUGAACCUGGUGCUGUGGAUGUAUUUCUUGAUUUUAUUUGUUACUCAGCAGGUCCUCUACCUGAGGAUCUACUGCCUCAGGUGAAGUGUCCUGUUCUGGUAGCAUGGGGUGACAAGGAUCCAUGGGAACCAAUUGAGCUUGGCAGAAUGUAUGGGAAUUUUGAUCCUGUUGAGAACUUUGUUGUACUCCCUAAUGUUGGCCACUGUCCGCAGGACGAAGCACCUCAUCUUGUGAACCCGCUUGUUGAGUCAUUUGUGGCUCGUAAUUCUGCAGCUGAAGCCUCUGUUUCUACUGUCACCUGAUCCAUCAGCAGGCCCAACUCAUCAAUGCUCCUAAACCCUGUAGACCAUGAUUACUAAUUAAACAAAAUUUCUUUUGGUAAAUAUCUCAGAUAUGUGACGCUUCAUCUUUUCCUAUACUGCUUCAUGUUAUAUCUCUGUAGUUAAACAUUAGUAAAUCUCUGCAUUUUAAUGUCAAAAAUAAGUUUUUCAAUGAGCAGGUCAUCCCUGUCCAUGUCAGUGUUGUGUAACCGAACCUUUGCAGUGAAAAAAUGAUUGUUUUGGAGGUAUGUACCAUCUAAUCAAGUGAUAAGGAUUAUGUCGCAAUCAUUUUGUGUACAGUGAUCAUUUUGCACCCCCGAGUACCUGAAAUUUUUUAGUGGGGGUGAUCAAUGUCACAUAUCACUCAUAAGAGAUAUGGUGGGUAUUGGGCUUGUAAGUGAGUUGGUUAUCUUGAUCUAUUAAGUUAGCCUUUUUGGUUGGAGUCCUAGGCCCUGACAUCAAGAAUUGAGCUGUCUUAUCACUGGCUGGUUUUAUGCUUGAACAUAACAUACUUCUGCAUUCUCAUUGUCAAUUUUUCCAAUAAUUUUCUGUAUCGUCUGCAUGACACAUCUUUGCCAUUUCAUUUGAUUAUUGUCACUGAAAACAAAACUAUCUUUUCAUUCCUUUCUUGGAUUCUAUUAUGAACUCGUCCUUUAUUUUAACCUGAACUGCAUCUUGUGAGGCAAAAGCCUCGUAGGCAAGUUCAUUUCAAGGUUUCAUACAUGACCUGAACGAUCCAAAACAAAACAAUAUAACUUUUCAUUCAUUUCUUAGAUUCCUCUUAUAGGACUCUGUGCUUUGUUUUACUUGCAACUGCUUCUUCCAUGGAAUUAUAGUAGAUCUGAAGCAUGAUAUUAUGAUAUAUAGUUCUUGUUGGACCUUCUGGUGCUUGAGAGUUUUAUUUUCUGAUACACGUUCACAGUUGGUAUUGGUACCAACAAAAUCAAGUGGAGUUAGUUAAGUUGGUAAACCAACAAAUAAUUGGAGGUGGGGUUUAUGCCUUCCACAUCUAGGCCUUUCUCCAAAUAACUCAGGGAAAGGAAAAGGAAAAACGUCAAUGAUAUUAUAAAUUAAUAAUCCAAAUGGGAUAGUUGCUGCUAAAUUUUGUGUUUGCACAUGCGACAUGCACCUUUUUCGAUAUUAUAUUUUUUUUAUGGUAUUAAGGAAAUUAUUACUAAUGAGAUUAAAUCCCAACUCCUACUCUUAGAUGCAGCUUAACUUUGUGGGUGGCUGUGUGGACUUGACCACAAUUCGAAACCAAACAAGAGAAACAAGUCCUUCUGAGAAACAAAUCCUUCUAGUUCAUCAUGCGCAUCUUGUUUUGGAACUGGAACCAAAUCCUUGGUUCCAAACAAUGGGUUUUCGUCUCGGUUUCGGCUCUUUCUUUUUUUGGUUCCAUCAGGUUUGGGUUCCAAGUAGUUGGUUUGUGUUUUGAUACUGAGUCUUGGCCAUGCCUAUAUAUAUCUGUUUUCUAAUAUUAUUUAUCAAUUAUUGCUGUUGACUGUCUAUAUCUAGAUAACCUCACAUUUAGUUUGAGGCUGCUUGUUUAAAUCCAGCAUGAUAUAUAUUGUGUACUUGGUAGCUAGCUAUGGUGGACUCCAAUAUAAAGAUGUAAUGCACAUCAUUUCGUGGGUUUAGAUCUUGGAUUAAUGAUUGCCUUUAACUUUGUUUUUUUCAA